AUGAUUGGCACCGGCAUGAUUGGGGUGCGGUGGAUGAGCCUGCUGGCGGCGUUGAUGGCCCGCAAUACCAACGACAAGUACUACAAGAUCCUCAAGCAGGCGAAGCCCGUGUUUGACACUACCCACUUCCGCGAGGGCGACGUGAUCCCGCAACAAGUGAAGAUCCCCCUCCAGCCGGCGGCGUACCCGGAUUACCACUACGAAACCCAGUUUUUCAAGCGCCAGAACCGCGGGUUAUACGGCGGCCGCCAGCGGAAGCGGUCGAAGACGUGUUCCGAGGCGGGGAACAAGAACUUGAGGGUGCACUUGCCCAACAUCCACAAGGCGACGUUGUGGCUGCUGACGCUUGAGCAGAAGAUCAAGACCCGUGUCUCGACCAAGGUGUUGAAGACGGUCGACCGCGAGGGCGGCUUGGACAACUAUUUGACCAAGGACAAGCCCGCCCGGGUCAAGACGCUCGGGGCGCUCGGGUGGAAGUUGCGCUACGACGUGAUGAAGGCGCAGGAGCUUAAGCUGGCGCAGGCGGCGAACCCCGAAGUCAAGUUCAUUGCCGACGACGGCCUGUUGGUGCUCAAGAACAAGAAGUACUUGCUCAACGUGUUGUUCUACCAGUUGCGCCGCCAGCUGUACACUGGCUUGACCCGCUCCGAGUUCAACAAGAACUACAAGCACAUCCCCGAGUCGGACGUGUUGCAGAAGUUGCGGGAAGCCGGCGCCGACCUCCGCAACAUCGUCGCCUGA